CAAGAGCUUCGUGGAAAGUGGUAUACGCGAGUUUAACUCUGCUGUCUUCCGAUGGCUUUUCUUCUUCUUCCAGGAACCUCUAUACACCCAGCGACCACCUUUCUUUCCUUUGAUAUCCUCUAUAUAUUAUUAUAUAUACAACCAUCUCUAAUCAUAUCUUCUCAGCAGUUUCAAAUCAACUCCACAAUCACUUAACCAACUUAUUCUCUCGAUCAAUGGAUAGCAACAACAAGGAGUCUCAGUUCCAUGAUUUCUUACCUCUAAUGGCGGACAAACUGGGAGGAGAUGGUCUGAUUGAUGAAAUGUGCAAAGGGUUUCAGCUGUUGAUGGAUCAAGAUAAAGGGGUGAUCACUUUCGAUAGUUUGAAGAAGAAUUCUUCAUAUUUAGGUCUUCAGGAUCUGUCUGAUGUUGAUCUUUGGAGCAUGUUGAGAGAAGGCGAUUUCGAUGGAGAUGGUGCACUCAGUCAGAUGGAGUUUUGUGUUCUCAUGUUUAGAUUAAGCCCUGAUUUGAUGGACCAAUCUGAGUUUUUGUUAGAACAAGCUCUGGAACAGGAGUUUGAUAAUUUCCAAUAUUGAAUUGUAAUUCUUCAUUAUUUUUAGAAUUAUGGAACCUGUUGAUAAUACUCCCAAAGCACAAAUCUGUUGUCUUCAUGCUAAUACUGAGUUAUACUUUAUGUAUAAGCUUUAGAAUUAUUGAACCUGUUGAUAUUACUCCCAAAGGACAAAUCUGUUGUUUUCGUGCUAAUAUUGAGUUCUACUUUAUGUAUAAUUUUUAGAAUUA